UGCUAUUGGUCGGCUGGCGCUCGUGCCCGCACCGCACCCAUAAAACAGAGUCCAUUUUCAUUCAUUCUUGCACUCGCCCACGUAGCGCGCUUCGGCAGCUUCCAAGUCUUUCGGAUAUUUCCACCGCUGAACAAAAGGAAACUCAAGAUGUCCGACGAAGGGAAACUUUUUGUGGGUGGUCUCAGCUUCGACACCAACGAGGAGUCUUUGGAAGAGGCCUUCUCCAAGUAUGGGACCAUCGCCAAAGUUGAUGUGAUCAGAGACCGGGAGACGCACCGAUCACGCGGCUUCGGCUUCGUCACCUUCGAAAACCCCGAAGACGCCAAGGACGCGAUGGCGGCCAUGAACGGCAAGUCUGUGGAUGGUAGAAUGAUUCGUGUCGACGAGGCGGGCAAACCCGGAGGAAGAGGCGGCGGAUUUCGAGGUGGCGCCUCUGGCGGCCGGGGCGGAGGCUUCUUCAGAGGGGGCAGAGGAAGAGGUGGUGGUGGAUAUGGUGGUGACCGCAGCUAUGGCAGUGGUGAUCGUAGCUAUGGUAGCAGCAGCUAUUCCUCUGGGGGUGGAUAUUACAACAGAGACAACAGGAGUCAGGGUGGGUACAGUGACCGUUCUGGGGGUUCCUACAGAGACAACUACGACAGCUAUGACAGCUAUGGCACUCAUGAGUGACAUCAUCUUCCCAGUUCCCAAGAUCAUCACUGGCCAUGUUUAAAGAUGAGCCUUUAGAAGACCACCUCUCUCCCCCAGUCCCCCCUGUUUGUCUGGCCUUCACUUUUUGAAGCAACCCAAGACAUUUUGAACACUUUUUACUAGUAUUUUGCAAAGGAUUUUUUUUUUAUUCCAUGCAGAUCUGCAUCUGAGUUCUGGCCCAAAUGUCAGUGGGGCUCAGCAGCCUAAUAUCAGCACGUUCUUGCAAACACGCCAAAUCUGAAUCUUGACUUUAAUGCAUCCCAUUUGAAGUCAUUGGCCCUGACGUACUGCCAUAAGGCUUCUGUGCCUGUAACACAUUCCUUUAGAACGACAAGUCAGAUGUUACCGGACACGGACAGACCUCCUUGAUCUGUAAAUAUUCUGUAUAUAAAGGUUGAGUUGCUUCGUCUGAAACGCCUUCCUAUGGUCGGUGCUCGUCGCUUCGUGCUGCGGCACUGUUGCGGCAUGCAUUUUAAAUGGUCUUAUGUUGACUUGCCUUACAAGAUGAUCUCGUUCAGAAGGAAUUGUGCUUUUUAUUUUCUUUGUAUCAUCAAUGUUGACUUUGAUUUCUGGCUUUACGAUGCCCAUUAAACAAUUUGUUGGAAACUC